AUGAAUCUCGAAGCAAAUCCGUGUGAUGAUUUUUACGAAUUCGCUUGUGGAAAUUAUGUUAAAAAUACAAAUAUUCCCGACGAAAAGACCGCCGUAAAUACGUUCCAAGAUAUGCGUGACAAACUGAAACGAAACUUAAGAACAAUUUUAGAAGAAAAAAUUUCAGAUACAGAAAUUUUUCCGUUUAAGCAGGCAAAAUCACUUUACAAGAUUUGUAUGAACAAAACACACAUUGCUCAACAAGGAGAGGAACCAAUUUUGAAACUUUUGAAAAUAUUUGGAGGCUCUCCAGCGAUUGAAGGUCAAACAUGGGACGAGACGAAAUUUUCUUGGGUAGAUACUGUCAAAAAAUUCCGACAAAUGGGCAUAAGUGUCGAUUAUUUGAUUGAUUUUUCUGUCAGUAGCAGCAUCGUUGAUUCAUCAAAACGACAAAUUGAGUUUGAUCAACCAGGCUUCUCCGUAAAUCGUGAAUUUUUAAUAAAAGGACGCGAUGAUCCACGUGUUAUGGCAUAUUUCGAAUAUAUGCGUGACUUGGCAAUACUUCUUGGUGCUGAUUCCGAUACCGCUUCAAAAGACAUGUCUGACAUGGUUGAUUUUGAAAUUGAGUUAGCUAAUAUUACCGCUGCCCGAGAAGAUCGUCGUAAUGCAACACUUUUAUACAAUCCGAUCACGUUGAAAGAUUUACAGCAAAAGUAUCCUUGGUUGGACUGGUUUGGUUACAUUAGUGCAAUUUUGCCGCCAUACAUUCCUGUAGAUGAAAAUGAAUUAAUUAAUAUUGUUGACACUAAAUUUGUGGACAAUUUUGGAGGAUUGUUGGAAAAAACUCCAAAAAGAACAAUUGCAAACUUUUUAAUGACUCGCGUGGCAUCUGGAAGUGUCAAAUAUUUAACAACCAAACUUCGAAAACGACAACUUGAGUAUUUUACAAAAAUUUCGGGACGUGAAGAUGAGGAGGCUCGUUGGAAGGAAUGUUCGGAUAUUACUUUAUCGAAACUACCUAAUGCAGUUAGUGCAAUGUACGUUCGUCGUUAUUUCAACGAAGAAUCCAAGAAAAACGCAUUAGAAAUGGUUGACGGAAUUAAACAAGAAUUCAAAAAUGUACUUGAAAGCGUGAAAUGGAUGGAUGAUGAUACCCGAGAACAAGCAAUGAAAAAGUUAGAAGCCAUGUCAACACUCAUAGCUUAUCCUGACGAACUUAAUAAAGAUGAGAUUUUGCUUGAAUAUUACAAAAACUUAACUAUAAAUGAAGACAGCUACUUGCUAAGCAGUUACGAUAUCACAAAAUUCAUAGCUGACGAAGUUUACGGCAAACUCAGAGAACCAAUUAUCAAGAACGAAUGGAAAACUUGGGCAAAAGCUGCUCAAGUGAACGCUUUUUAUAACAGAGCUCAUAAUCAUAUUAAAUUUCCCGCUGGAAUCCUUCAAGGUCAUUUCUUUUCCGCUGAUCGUCCAAAAUAUUUAAAUUACGCUGCAAUUGGUUCUGUAAUUGGACACGAAAUUACUCAUGGGUUCGAUGAUCAAGGCAGUCAAUUCGACGCUGAUGGAAAUUUAAAUGAUUGGUGGAAACCAACAACUAAAGAAGCAUUCAAAGAAAAAGCGAGUUGCAUGAUUAAGCAAUACAAUUCGACAUUUGAUGCCCAAAGCAACUUAACGUUGAACGGAAUUAUCACUCAAGGCGAAAAUAUUGCAGAUAACGGGGGAAUUCAAGUGGCCUACGCUGCUUAUCAUAAUUUCGUUAAAAAGAAUGGCGACGAAAAAAUGUUACCUGGCUUGAAUUACACUCCGGAACAGCUUUAUUGGAUUUCCAUGGCUCAAAAUUGGUGCUCAAAGUCCCGAACUGAAGCUCUGAAGAUACAUAUCACGCAACAAGCACAUCCGCCAGGCAAAUAUCGUGUUUUGAUUCCUCUGAUGAACAAUGAGGACUUUGCGAAAGAUUUUUGUUGUCCCGCUGGAUCAAAUAUGAAUCCUGUUAAUAAGUGUAAAGUUUGGUAAAAUGUUUGCGAUGCGAUUUUGAAAUCUCAAAUUUAGA